AUCUCAACAUCUUUUUUUCAAAAAAGUCCAUUCUAUGGGUAAUAUAUAUACUUGCUUUCUCUUCCAGCAACACCAUGCAACUGAACGACAACUGCACUCUAGGCUUUGUAGGAAAGCUUCAAAAAGAUCUUUCCAUUGGCGGUAAUCACAUUUCUGUCGACCACACGGUCAAUUUCCAUGGGAGUUUCCGUCAAUCCCAACUUUUCCAAAUUGAUUUUGCACCAUCCCAACUUAUCAUCAAAACUACCGGUAUCAUCAUCUUUGAUCUUGCAGGUCAAUACCAUAUUGUCGAGCGUGGGGAUGUUAAAGGUGAAGGAUUCUCCGUAGACUGGAUUGAGAUUGUCGUUCUUGAUACUCGACUUUUGAAAUCCGUAAUCCACAUCCUUGAUCUGAUGCCAUAGGAUGUAUGAUUUAUACAAGGUAUAUCACAAAAAGAAAAAGCAAAGGAAGAAAGGGUCAGCGAAUGAAUGAAUACGAAAGCAAAGCAAAGCAAAGCAAAGCAAAGCAAAAGCAAAAGCAAAGCAAAGAUAUGCCUCGACUCUGGCACCCAGUGCUAUGCUGACAGGCAUAGCAUCAUGCGCUGUUCACACACUCACCCAAUUGUCCUGUUCCAAUUCAAAGCGAACAUAAGGAUCACUGGCAGUCAUGAGAUCCGCAUUGGGCAGGUUGGUGCAUUUGUCAAGGUAAAUGGUGAGAACUCCCAUGGUGGUGCUGAUACAGUGCAAUGAAAUUGAGUGAUAUGAUUUGAUUUGAUAUGAUAGCUCUCUUUUAUGAUGAUAUGAUGCUGAUGUAAUGAUGUUUGGUUGAUCUUGAGAUUCGAUUCUCAAGCGAAUGGAGGGAGUUCUUCCUUGCUUGGGUUGUGGGAGUUGUUCCGCGGAAGAUGGUCGGUUGGACAAUGAAACUUGCAUCGCCAAAAUCUGGCCGACCGCACCUCAUCACGCGCGCUUGUACGUAGGGUUAAGGCUGUUUUUUGGAUCCUAUCGCAGCGACAGGAAAGAAGCAUGAUCAUGCAUGAAAGAGACAACGAUGGUCGAACAGAUCGCGCACUUGGAUAACACCCCCCAAAGAUCCUUCAUUGACAUACUAUUAUUGCAAGUAGACCAUAGUUAUUACUAAUAAAAUGACGAGCAACACUGCUACUACAAGUGCUACUCUACCGAACUGGCACAGUCCAGUCAGUGAGAUUGAUGAUCCUGCUGUGCUACAAGCCUUUCAAGAUGCGUUGGAAGAUGUGCACACCCGCUUUCUCCUAAAUUUACCAUCGGAAGAAUUGGCCACGGCCGAUCGUAUUUUGUUCCAGAUUGAACAGGCAUGGUGGUUUUACGAAGAUUGGAUUUGCGAUCAACAACAAGCCGCACAACAAGAAUCGCUGUUGCCGCGGUUCAAGCAUUUGAAACCGUUUGCCGUGGAAAUGUUUCAAUUUUCGCCGCUCCUGCAAAUUGCCCAAUUUCCCGCCAUGUGGGAUAAAUUCUCCAAGUACAAGCGCAAAAUCUCCACGUAUGGGUGUAUUCUGUUGAAUGUGGAUUGUACCAAGAUUGUGCUGUGUCAAGAUUACAAUAGCAAAUCGUGGACGUUCCCCGCGGGCAAGAUCAAUCAAGGAGAAGAAGGCAUUGACGCGGCGACACGAGAGACGUACGAAGAAACGGGAUUUGAUGUCAAUUGUCGGUUGGGACUGACACAACAACAGCAACAACAUGCCACAACAACAACGUGGAAACAUCCGUUGCAAGAAAAGGAUGCCGUUGCCUUUACCGAAGAUGGUGGCAAGCAUCGAACCUAUUACAUUUGUCAUGGUGUCCCCGAGGAAUUUCCCUUUGGACCGGUCGUGCGCAAGGAAAUUGCGGCGGUCGAAUGGCAUCCCUUGGAAAAGGUCCCCAAACGAAACUAUGCCGUUCUCCCCAUUCUACCCAAAGUUCGUCGAUGGAUCAAACGGAACGUGCACAACAACAAAACACCCAAAAAGGGACGCGACAAGUCCAAUCAACGGGCCAAAUCCAAUCCCAAACAAAUAAUUCAACAGCAGCAGCAACAACGACAGGCCACACCCACCAACAAUAACAAACAAAAUAACAACAAUACGCCUCUCAAAAGCAACAAGACACCCGGUCGCAAAGGACAAGACAGUAAUACGACUAAUCGCAAGACACCCAAUCGCGGCGACCGCAAAAAACAAGGGUCUCGUGGCAAAGUACGACAAGACGAUCCGCUCUUGGUCACGGGCUUGGCAGCUGUUGGGGCGGAAAAUCGAUGGAGCGAAGAAGAAAUGUUUCAAGCCAAUGAACGAAUUCUCGGACGAAAAAUUGAAUACGACGGUAACCCACACGUAUUCUCGGAAGAAGGAUUUCAGGGCAUGGAUCCACAUCAUUUUCAUAUUGUGGGCGGUAACUUUUUGAAUUCCAAUACGGCCACAUUGGCACCACCGCCACCCACCAGUCGAUUGCAACAUUUGUUUCAUUCUGGUGGUAACGCAGCUGCUGCUGGCGGCAGCGAUCCGGAAGUAUUGACUCCCUUUUUUUCCAAUGACGGAGCCACGCCGUGGGGAGAAGUGGUGCCAGAAGUCAAGGAAUCCGUGGCAUCGCCCGAACGUCAUUUAAUGUUGACGGAUCGGUCUUCCACCAAAUUAGCUACUACCAAACCACCGCCCAAGAAAAAGAAUCCAAAGGCCAUUAUGGCGACCGCCGACAAUGAUUCUGAUUUGGUGUUCAUGACGGAUGAAGAAAUCACAGCCAAGAGUCAAAAAGAAAAACUGGCCGGCAACAACAGGCAACAACAACGACUCGAGCAACAGUACCAACAAGAUGUGCUCGAUGUGCAACGUUGGGUCAAGAGUUUACCACAGGGACCGCCCACCGAGCGUUUUGGAGAGUUCAAAUUCAAUGUGGAUGCGUUGAUGGAUGCCUUUUAUGCACAUUAUUAGGUACGAUAGGUACUGAAUCUAAAGUAGGGCUGACUUGAAGUACAAAUGAUGUGAAACACGUCUAGAAGUUAAAAAUAGUUGAUUUGUACACUUGAGGAGCCAACUCGGCGCAGCUUUCCCUCAGGCUAUUUAUUCAUCGAAGACCGCCCAGAGCCA